AUCUAUUUUUGUUACAGAAAGCAUGAUGUUGACAAGAUAUUUAAACUAGACAGUAAUGCUCCUCACAGUUCAGUCAACAAUCAACGUAUUUAUAUGAUUAUGUCAGAUCUUAUUUCUGCCAAACGAGUCUGUGACCAAGUAAACGCUGAGCAGAGAAAGGAUCUAGAUUACCACAUGAUUGUUGUACCUCGGAGGCUAGCAGCUAUUGAUCGUCUUCUUGAGGAAGAGGGUUUGUGGGGGAGAGUGAAAAUUUAUAUGUUUCAAUGGGAACCCAUUCAAUUAGAUAUUGGCCUCAUAUCCCUUGAAUUACCCUCCCUAUUUCCUCAAUUGUUUGUUGAUGGUGAUCAAACCCUCCUCCCAGCUGUUGCGAAGUCUUUGUGGUCACUUCAAAUGCUACUUGGGCGAGCCCAAGUAACCAUGACUUUUGGAAAAAAUGCCAGACAAGUGCAAUCCAUGACUGAAGUUCUCAUGAGCCAACUUGGUGAAUCAGAUAGGCCACAAACUGACAUAGGUUGUGUGGUCUUGGUAGAUCGAGAUGUUGACUACGCUGCAGCUCUUUUAACCCCUGCGACCUACACAAGUUUAAUGGAUGAAGUUCUUGGUAUUCGGAGUGGGGUUGUUGAACUCCCAAAGUCAGACAGUAAAGCUGGUGAAAAAUCUACAAUGGGUCACAUGCUGAGCAGUGAGGAUGAAAUUUACAAUCAAAUCAAAAAUCGCCAUUUUUCUGAUGUAUUUUCCUUCCUCUCUCUGAAAGCAAAACAAUUUUCUAAUGAGUAUGACCACAGCAAAAAAAUGGCUCUACAUGAAAUGAAACAAUAUGUUUCUUCAAAGCUGAAGGCUGACAUGGCUCGAAAAAGGGCUCUUGCAAUGCACAUUGCAGGAUGUGAGGCUGUGAUAACGGCUAUUGGUUCAAGAUUUGAAAGCCUUCAAGAUAUGGAGCAAAAUAUGCUAGAAGGAAUAAAUCGCCGUAGUGUACAGACAUUCAUCGAAGAAAAUUUGGUGACUGGUGGUGGAGGAAAGCUGGCCAAUCUGAGACUAAUGUGUUUAUUUUCUCUUACACAAGAUGGGUUGUUCUCCGAGGAUGCAUGGUCACUCAAAACUCAAUUCCUACAUGCCUAUGGUUACCAACUUCUUCCAGGCCUUCAUAAUUUAGAGAACCUUGGACUUCUGACAUCAUCCACUGGUAGUUUAGGAUCAGGACUUGUGACAGGAUCUGUUAGUGAUGCCACUGGUAGACUUGCUAAUAAAGUAGCACAAGUUGUCUCGCUACCUAAAAGAUCAUCCUUUCAGGUGUUACGUCAGAAAUUGAAGUUAUUCUCAGCAAAUAGAGAUGAUUUAAAUUUGAAACAACCCACUGACAUGAGCUAUGUUUAUGGAGGUGCAUAUGUUCCAAUUAUAUGUCAAUUGGUUCAUAUGUUAAUAAAAAAGGAGAUUAGCUUUGACGACAUAGUUAAUCAGCUCAUGCCUGGGUCAACUGUGACUCCGACUAAAGCUUCUACAGAUUUUAUUCCUCGUUCAUUUCUCAUUUAUUUUAUUGGAGGUGUAACCUAUGCAGAAGUUGCUGCUUUUCAGCUUCUUGAAAAAUUGACUGGUACAAGAAUUAUUGUUGCAAGCACAUCUGUUGUCAAUGGAAGCAGUCUAAUCGACAGUGUGCUAUAAUUUGUUUGUUUUAUGUCAUUACAAAAAAUAUAUCUUUAUUUACUUGUUUUAA